UUUAAGAGUUCAGCAGAGUUGAAAGAAGUCGUUUUGUGUGCAUGCGUAUCAGUUCUCUAUUUGCAUUAAAUAGCAGGUUUCAGAAGUGCUGUCCAGUAGAUCAGUAACCAUGUGGACCGCACUGGUUCUGUUGUGUCUCGGAGCCUUUCUUCUCUUCUUGCAGUUCAGAAUUCGGCGACCUAAAAACUUCCCCCCAGGACCCACUCCUGUUCCAUUUUUUGGAAAUUUGCUACAAUUUGACCGCAUAAACCCGUUAAAGAACUUUGACGAGUUUGCUCAGCGCUAUGGAUCAAUCUACGCACUGAACAUUGGUAGACAGCCAGCAGUGGUGUUGACAGGACAGAAGAUGAUCAGGGAGGCACUGAUCACAAAAGCGGUGGAGUUUGCUGGUAGAUCAGAGAACAUGAUGGUCAGUCAUAUAACAAGGAGCAAAGGGGUGAUCAUGGCAGAUUAUGGAGACAGCUGGCGGGAACAUCGGCGCUUUGCUCUGACCACACUGAGGAACUUUGGCCUUGGAAAGAGAAGUAUGGAGCAGAGGAUUCUGGAAGAAGUCAAAUAUAUCUGCGCACAACUGGAGGAGUCUGCUGGAAAGUCAAUUGACCCUCAACAUCUGUACCACCGAGCUGCUUCAAACAUCAUUGCCUCAAUCAUUUUUGGGUCACGUUUCAAUUAUCAGGAUGAAUAUUUCCAGACAUUGAUCACAACUAUGGAAAAACUUACAAAGAUUGUCAUUGGACCUUGGGCAAUGCUCUAUGAAAUAGCCCCAGUGUUAAGGAUUUUCCCACUGCCAUUCUGGAAAGCUUUUCACUAUUUUGAGACAAUCAGAAAACAUAUUCUUAAAGUUGUGGAUGAGCACAGGAAGUCACAUGUUACCGGGGAGCCAAGAGACGUGAUUGACUGUUACUUGGAGGAGAUGGAGAAGAGAGCAGAUCAACGCACCACCUUUAAUGACUCACAAAUGGUCACUUUGCUGUUUGACCUGUUUGUGGCUGGAACUGACACAACCUCUAACACACUCCGAACUUUAACACUCUAUUUGAUGACGCACACUCAUAUUCAGGAGCAAUGUCAGCGGGAGAUUGAUGAAGUCCUUGGUGCCCGUGAACAUGUCACAUAUGAGGACAGAAACGCCAUGCCUUUCGUUCAAGCAGUGAUUCAUGAGGGUCAGCGUGUUGGUGACAUUGUUCCUCUCAGUAUGUUUCACACCGCCAGAACCGACACUCAACUCCAGGGCUACAGCAUCCCAAAGGGGACAAUUAUCAUCCCCUAUCUGUCAUCUGCUCUCAGAGAGGAAAGUCAGUGGAAGUUUCCACAUGAAUUCAACCCUCAAAACUUCUUGAAUGAAAAGGGGGAAUUUGUGAAGCCUGAUGCAUUCAUGCCUUUUUCUGCUGGAUCUCGUGUGUGUUUAGGAGAAAAUCUAGCUCGCAUGGAGCUCUUCCUCAUCCUGGUCACGGUGCUGCGACAAUUCCAUCUGAUCUGGCCGAAGGAUGCAGGAGAGCCGGACUUCAAAUAUAUAUUUGGCGGGACACAGUCAGUGAAACCUUACCGUCUGACUGUACAACUACGUACACCUGGGGAGUCUUGUGAAACUGUUCAUUGAACAUAUGUUGCCCUUCAGUGAAACUGAAAA